GAAUUGGAAGGCGCUGCAUGUGUGAAAACCCGUGUGUGUUGCAUUUGUCGGUUGUGCUUCAAGUUGUUGUUGCAUAACAACUGCCAACUUUAACGCAUAACAUACGACAUUCGCGCUUCGUAGAAGACGCAACUGACAACUGAAGCAACAGGAGUGCCGCCAGGCUACCCCAUUUUACAAACGGUCAGUUCGAUUGAGGCGUUUGUCAAUUAAGCCGCAAUUGCUUCCAAAUUGAUUGGCAAUUAAUGCUAUGAUUUCAGAGUCGUUCAUUUACUAUUAACGCUCACUGUCCUGGUUAAUGUUGCAGACGUAGCGCCUAUCUAAUCUCGAAAUCGCUUAUUGAUCAUAAAUUUAGAGAAAUCACCGCUCCGUCUAAAAUGAGUAAUUUCAACGCCGGCCAAACCUGCUGUAGCAAUGAACGGUGUGUUGCAGUCUACGCCGUGAUCCCAACGCUGGAAGACACCGGCACGAACUUUGACAGACGUAAAACAUCUCCCAACGAGCAACAGAGUGCAUUACUAAGCUGGCGCCAUAUGGGCAAGAAAAUGGAGGACAAGUUUGGAACUGCUCUUAAAAAACACAGCCUGAUUGUUGAUUUGCUUUCAAUUUUUUUUGGUAUUGGCACCUGGCUAGUCGUAAAUGGCAGUUUCAUACAACUGCCGUUGUUGGUGGAAGAUGCACCGGAGGGCUGGAGUCUUCCAUCCUAUCUUAGUGUUAUGGUCCAGAUUGGAAACCUUGGACCGUUGCUAUACACGGUUAUACAAAAGUUUUCACCACACAAACUGAAUGAUGGCUUGACUAUUCACGGAGUGCUGCUCAUCGGCACCACCUCUUGCCUGCUCACGGCCUUCUUUUACAAUAAGACGGCGAAUGUGGCAGGAUCAGAGCACAGUCUGGCACUCUUCAUUCUGACAGUGUUUACGGCGAUAAAUGCCUGCACUAGUUCUGUACUGUUCAUGCCUUACAUGGGCAGGUUUAAGGAAAAGUAUCUGGUGACUUAUUUCAUUGGUGAGGGGUGCAGCGGUCUUCUACCGAGUGUAGUGGCAUUAGUGCAGGGCAUCGGUGACAUCCAGGAAUGCGUACUGGUUAACGUGACAGAGACAGGCGAACCAAUCUACGAGCGCCAAAAGUCACCACCGCUCUUCAGCACCGGGACAUUCUUCCUCAUACUUUUCGGACUGAUGGUGCUCAGCUAUAUUGGAUAUAUCCUGCUUAGCACACUGAAGUUAGCAAAAAGAGAAUAUGCUCAGGUCACAGUGUCAGAGGGCAAUAAGUAUGUCUACGACGCUGGUCAGCCAGAUGGGACUACGAAUGCCCCAAAAGACAGCAGUGUGGGACAACUAGUGGGUGUUCAGUAUUGGAGUCUGCUCCUACUUAUGGGAGUUAUUUCAUUUUUUAGCAACGGAAUGUUCGGUAGCAUUCAGUCAUAUUCUAGUGCGCCGUAUGGUAGUCGCGCCUACCAUUUGGCCGCAACAUUAAGCGUCAUUGCCAAUCCAGUGGCCUGCUUCAUGGCUAUGUUCCUACAUUUCACAUCAUUGCGGAUCAUAUCAGUACUAUCUGGACUUUCGGCAUUGCUUACCUUCUAUGUCUUCACUACUGCUGUUCUAAGUCCUUUCCCACCUUUACAUGGCGAGACUAUUGGAGAAGUACUAAUUGUGAUGACUUGGACACUGCUUGUUGGCCUGGUUAGCUAUACAAAGCUUGGAAUCACGACGAUCAUGCGCGCACAGGGGGGACAAUCAUUAGUCUGGGUCGGUGGCAUUACUCAAAUUGGCUCCGCGUUUGGAUCGGUCUUGAUUUUUUUUGUCAUCAACUACACACGCACUUUUCAAGCAGCUCCAUCUACUUGCUGACCAUAGAAUAAUUUAGAGUAGGAUUCUGAAUAAUGAUGCGAAUUGUGCAGUUUGAUUCAAUCAUGGAUUUUGUUGCAUAGUCUACUAGCGUCUUGAAUUUCAACUAGAAUUUGUUGAAUGUAUUUUGUAAGCGUUUCUAUA